AAAUUAGCACACACAAAAUCGUUGCAUUGUCACAAGAAAGGAGAACGAAAAAAAAAAGGAGCGAGAGCGUAGGCGGAGGGAGGUAGCCUGCGAAAGGCAGAAAACCCUAAUGCGACUGCAAGACAAAGAAUCACAGUGACCGAUUCGGAUUCCAAUUUCAACUCCCAAAUCUCAAUUCCAAUCAAUCGAGAAGAAGAAGAAGUAACAACAUGACGAUCCAUUCUGUAUUGAUACAGAAGCUACUGAGCACCAAUGCCCACAUUGGCCGUCAAGUUGCAACUCAUCAUUUCAAAGAAUACACUUACGGCUUCCGCAACAAAAUGGCCAUUAUCGAUUCCGACAAGACCUUAAUUUGCAUGCGCAGUGCCUUCAACUUCAUUUCUUCUCUCGCGCGUCAAAAUGGACGCUUCAUGUUCAUCAACACCAACCCUCUCUUCGAUGAAAUCUUCGAACUUAUGUCCAAAAAAGUCGGUUGUUACAGUCCUUCUUCCAACGUUCUUUGGCGCACUGGUGGGUUCCUCACCAACAGUUACAGCCCUAAGAAGUUUCGUUCUCGCAACAAGAGGCUUUGUUUCGGUCCCACUCAGCCACCUGAUUGCAUCGUCAUUGUCGACACUGAGAGUAAAUCUUCUGUCAUCAACGAAGCUUUCAAACUUAACAUUCCAAUUGUCGCUCUUGUCGAUUCUGCAAUGCCCAUCCAUACUUUCAAUCGCAUUGCUUAUCCCAUUCCCGUUAAUCCUUCUGUUCAAUUUGUUUAUUUGUUUUGUAAUUUGAUUACCAAAACACUGCUUCUUGAGAAGAACAAGUUGCAGCUUUCUAAUCCCAAAAUUGAUGACAGAGAUGAAGCUACCAAAGUUGAAGAUAACAAGAAAAAGAAUAAUUUGGCUAAGGUUGGCAUCACUGUUAUCCCCUACGAUAGUUUAGCACCCUUGCCAGAAGAUAUAGAAGAAACUAAGAAGCUUUUGGAUAAGCUUGUUGUUUUGAAGGUCAAUCAUGCCUCUGGAAGAAAUAUGGGUUUUGAAAACCCCAAGUCUGCAAUAGAUAUUUGUGAUGGAAAGACAUUUCUAGACUUGAUCAUUAACCAGAUUGAGACCCUCAACUCCAAGUAUGAGUGCCAAGUUCCAUUGCUUAUUUUUAACAAAGAUGACACUCACGAUAGUACUUUAAAGGUUUUGGAGAAGUAUUCAGAGUCAAGCAUUGAUGUGCGCACUUUUAAGCAGGGUGAAGAUCCAAAGUUAGCCUUAUCAAGUGAACAUAGCAGCAAGGGGGAAGUGCAUACAUUUGACGAUGGUGAUAUUUUCCGUUCACUAAUGAUAGGUGGAACCCUUGAUUUAUUAUUGUCUCAGGGAAAAGAAUAUAUCCUUGUGAUGAAGUCAGACAAUGUGGCUACAAUCGUUGAUCCAAGUAUACUAAAUCAUUUGAUGACAAAUGCUAUUGAUUAUUGCAUGGAGGUGACACCAAGCCAUACAUUUAAUGUGAUAUUAACUCCAAUGAAUUUUAAGCUUCAAGAGAUUGCUCGAAAUCAAGAUAAACAUUUGAAGGACAAAUUCAAACUCAUCGAUACAACAAACAUGUGGGUGAGUUUAAGAGCCAUUAAGAGACUAAUUGAUUCUAACAAACUAAAGCUCAAGAAGCCCUCAAGUUUGAAGGAGAAUGACUAUGAUCAAACUCUUCUGCAAGAAACAGAUACCGGACCUGCAGUACAGUUCUUUGAGAGUGUAAUUGGUGUCUCAAUACCUGAAUCUCGCUUUCUUCCCUUGGAUGCAACAUCGGAUUUACUGCUUCUACAGUCAGACCUAUACACUCUUAGAGAAGGUGCUUUAACUCGUAAUCCAGCUAGAACCAACCCUUUAAAUCCUGUGAUUGAUUUUGGACCCGAAUUUGAAAAGAUUGGUGACUUUGAAGGUCGGUUCAGAUCCAUUCCAAGUAUCACGGGGUUGGAUAGUUUGAUUGUGAGAGGUGAUGUGUGGUUUGGAGCUAAUAUUACUUUAAAGGGACACGUGACUAUUGUUGCAAAACCUGGCUUGAAAUUGGAAAUUCCAGAUGGAGUGGUAAUUGAGAAUAAGGAGAUCAAUGACCCUGCAGAUAUCCUAGGAUGAAUGGUUCAUGGAAGCUGAUGGUAUAUGUUUUUAACAAAUAUGUGAAUUUCGGAAGCUUUGAUGUGCAAUACAAUUUAUAUUCGUCACAUUAGCAGCCUGCCAUCAAUUAGACUUUUUAUUUACUCAGAUCCAAAAGGUUGCAGAAGCAAAUAAUAUUCGGCACAUUUUUUUCAAGUGUCAUGAUAGCGAUUAAAUAAUUAUGUCUACCCAUUUAUUUGAGCAUAUAGCUUUGGCUUUUAGAGUAAGUAAGGCUUGACCUCUGAGAUAAGGAAUAUAAAAGCAUUAGUUUUGCUGAUUUUUCGCCCUGAUACCAGAGAUUCACACUGAUUUACUGUACCAAAGAGUUGGAGUGGAGCAGACUUUUUUUUUCUUAGUUAAUUGAAUGCGUGCAUAUUUGUCAUUGGCUUAGAUGCACUACUAAUAUAAUUCUAAAGCUUGAAUUUAUCAUUUCGAUUGUAUUUGAAACUAUAAGAACAGGAAGAGAAAGAAUUUAUGCUUAAUUAUGUUGCUGUUUCUUGUAAAUAUAAGGUAUUUUACUGUUA